AAAUGAGUGAAAGAAAGUGGUGGGUGCGUGAGGUAUAUAUAGGAGUGAGGAGAUAGUGGUGUGACACUCUGGUGACAAUGGCUCGCUGCACAGCUCCAUCCUUGACUCUGCCCUUGUUUUUGCUUCUGCUGCUGCCAAGAUUCUUGGUAGAGGGAAAGAACUAUGAAGAAGAACAUCGUAACUCAAGUCAGUCGUCUCAAGCUCGCUAUUCGAGAUCGCUGUUCUUCAAGCCUAACCCAUUCAAAUACUUUAUGAAGAAGUCAGAACUGCUAAGACAUUUAUUCCCAUUUAUUCAAAUAGCUCCAGCCACCGCAAAGCCAGUAGUCUCAACAGCCGUUGAGACAUACUUAACUUCUUUUCAACCAACACAACUCAGCACUUUUCUGGCAACCAAGAAACACGGUUAUCACACUGAACAUGUAUUCCCUUCCUAUCCAGAAAGAUUAGGCACAUAUCAGGCUAUACAACCGGUUAUUUCCUAUCCCAAACAACCAGACGUAUAUCAUGGAGUACAGCCAAUCAUUUCAUAUCCAGAACAAAUUGGCCAAUAUCCAGGAAAACAGCCAGUAACAUACUAUCCAGGAAGAAUAAAUACACUUCACACAACAGAACCAGUCAAUUCCUAUCCAAAAAGAGAAGACACAUAUCUACCAUUUCGACCACUCAUUUCCUAUCCAGAAAUAGAUUAUACACAUCAUGCAGUGCAACCAAUCACUUCACAUCCAGUCACUACCUACACAAAGAAAACAAGCACAUACCAGCCAGUUACUUAUUAUCCAGAACGAAUAGCAACAUAUCCGGCUAAACUAACUGACGCUACCGAGCCAAAGAAAAUAGUCACCUUCCAGCCAACACGACUCCCAACCUUCCCAAAAAUAGUCACCUUCCACUCAACAGAACCCACAGCCAUCCAUUCACAAAAUCUAUUAACCUUACAGCGAGAGGAACAAAAUCGUUUCAAGCCAAUAAGACUAAUUAACUCAACUUCCUCUAUUCUUGGAGAAUUCCAAAGACCAGAAGAAAGCACCAGUGGAAAGUACAAUAAUUCAAUUGGUGUAGAAACGUACCAUACAACAGAGACAUUCACACCUCAGUUAAUACCAACAGUCAAAAGUACCUUUUCUAUUGAUUUAAAGAAGCAGACCACAAGAACAACACCUCUUCCACCACUCAGGCCAAACUUAUCGGCUCUUGAAACUUACGAAGUAACAACAACAACACCCAUCCAGCUAACAACACCAUUAAGCACAUAUGUAGAAUUUCGUGCAGAAUACCAGACAACAGAAACGGAGCCCAUUCAGGUAACAUCAUCCGUCACAACACAACCGAGUUCACCCAUAACUCAAACAACAACAGCAGCAAGCAUUAGUUCUCUGGUUCUGAGAGCCAACCACACUUCAGAAGCAAACAAGAUUCAGCCACCAGAGCCAAUGAUGUGUGACUAUUCAGAGUUCCACUCUGAACACAGCAUGAUCCUGCUCAACAAUACUGACUGCAAUAUCUUCGCGAGUGGAGUUUCUGAGGAGGAAAUUAAACAGAUUCUAAGAAUACAUAACAACCUCAGGUCCCAGGUAGCACGAGGAGAGGAGCAGCGUGGAGACCCUGGAUCCCAGCCACAGGCUUCCGAUAUGAAGGUCCUUCGUUGGAAUAGAGAACUUGCAACUGUAGCUCAGGCCUGGGCUAACCAGUGUCAGUUUGAACAUGACGGUGAUGACCAGCGCAGAAUCUGUUCUCGUGACUACGACGUGGGCCAAAACUUGUUUUAUGAAUGGAGCCAUUAUCCGUACCCGAACUGGAACAAAGCUCUUCUUCAGUGGUACGAUGAGGUGGCCAACUUUCCUAAUACUUAUGUACAGAGAAUCCCAGACAGCGACUCCCAGAGAGAGAUUAGACACUAUACACAGAUGAUAAGAAGUGAGACGCGGGAGGUAGGCUGCGGGGCCGUGUACUACUCCCCUUUUGUGGGUGGUAUCAGCAGGUUGUAUGUAUGUAACUACGGCCCCUCCAACCAUAAACUCGGGGAACCAUUAUACAAGGAAGGUCUCCCUGCCACAGAGUGUGGAUCCAGCCCUCCUUCCACACUUUUCCAAGGUCUCUGUGACUAAAACUCAAAUCAUAUACUGUUGAACAAGUGCUGGAGAAUGUAUCUCAUUCCUUAGGUCACCCUGAAUUCAUGUGAAACUAUCAUUAUGUGGUAAAAAAAAAAGGUGAGAUAUCAUUUACUACGUUAAUUUACAGAAAGACUGUAUUUACAUGUUUACCAACUAAAUUUUCUCCGGUUAUACUAAUUUAAUUCAAUAAAAAUUUAAUAAUAAUCCUACAGUUGGGAUGACAAAACCAUUUUUUUUUGUUUUGUUAAAAUUUAAACAUUGUGGUCUGCGUUUAAUAGAAGCAGAAUUUUGUCUAUGUGUCUAAGUUGGUAAUGAAGUGGGAGUAAACUCAAUCACUCUUCAGGAAUCUGAAAAAUCCGUGAUAGCUUUCCUUUUAAUAAACGUUUUUGAAUUC